UCACAAGUGUCUCUGGGCGAUCCAUCCCCUUUUUCCUCUUAUCUCAUGGAUCAAGUGUUCCUUCAGGACUCAUUACUGCCACGGAGGUCCACCACCAGCAGUGCAUCCAGGAACAAAGCUACUUCUCAGCCACCUCAGGGAGAUUCCUGUUGGCCUUGAAGAGAAGCCGCUGCUGAAGAUCCUGAUCCUAAUCCCAUCACCUCCUCCGCUCAAGACACACCAGCUUUAAUAUGACCAACCAUGGAGACGACUGCUACUUCUACUACUAUUCAACCUGCACUAAGGGAGACAGCUGCCCGUUCAGACACUGUGAGGCAGCUAUUGGCAAUGAGAUGGUCUGCAACCUCUGGCAGGAGGGACGCUGCUACCGCUCCGUCUGCAAGUUUCGCCACAUGGAGAUCACGAAAAACCGUAAGGAGAUCCCAUGUUACUGGGAGAACCAGCCAGCCGGCUGCCAGAAGCCACACUGUGCCUUCUUCCAUGAGAAACCCCGCUUCGUCGACGGCAUCUGUGUCCCACCUGAUAAAAGUAUAAGAAAGAACGAAGAGCUGACGCAUGAGGAAGUGGCUCCUCCCCCACCGGCAGCUCCUUUACCCACUGCAGCCAAUCCCCAGCUUCGAGGGGUCAUGAAGACCGAAUCCCAGGAUCCGGUACCGAGCCCCACCCACCCACCAGUGGUCAUCAAUCCAGCAGAUGAUGAUGAAGAUGAAGAUGACCAGUUCUCAGAAGAGGGAGAUGUUGGCCCAUCUCCUAGGAAACUGACAGGAGGCGCAAAAUCAGGUGACCCUCUGAACUUUGGCGUAAGCACCCUGGAGGAGAUCCGGCUGAGGAGGGCCCUGAAGGCCAGCAUGAAGAGAGCCGGGUACCCAAUCCAGAGCGCCGACGCCCCAACCAAUGGAGAAAAAGAAAACAUCCAGUUGUUCAGUCAGCCGGCCAUGUAUGACCUCAGAGAAGAGCUCCGAGGAGGAGGAGGAGACGGACUCCCUCUGAGGAAGAGUCUGGUUGAACGUCUAGGCAGGAUUGUGGACGAGGAGCCUUCGAUACCUCCUCCUAAAAGUUUAAAGUCUGUUAAGGAGAGACUGACUUUGCCAGGUCGACCUGUUUCACCCUCACAACCAGCUGAAACAAACACGGAGUCAAAGACGGCCCCUGAGCAGAUCCGCAUUAAAACCCUGGAGGAGAUCAGACUGGAGAAGGCAGCAAAGAGCCAACCUCAGAACAAGAAAGAGGCUUCAGAUCCAGAACUCACCAAAACCACCACCACCAAACCCCUCAAAGGAAUCAAAAGAGCCAUCACUAUCAAAGAAAACACCAUCAGUCAUGUCAAAACCUUCUCUGAAAUCCUCCACGCUAAGAAGAAGAGGCAGGAGGAGCAGGAGGAGACCACCUCCAGCCCCAGGAGGGCCAAGAAGACCCUGGACCAGAAGCAGGAGCAGCCACAGUCUGCAGAGCCACAGGAGGCCUCCAGCACCGGUGAGGUCCGAGUGAAGACCCUGGAGGAGAUCCGCAGGGAGAAGGCAGCCAGGAUGCAGGCCCAGCAGACCACGGAGACCGGAAAGAACCCAGAUCCUGAGGAGUCCAGCACCAAGAAGCCCCGUCUGCUGCGUCUCAACAAACCGCUUCCUGAGAAUAAGACUACGUCAGCAGGUAAAGCCUCAUCCGAGAAGAUUGCUGAGGUUCCAGAGAAGCCUGCGAAGCCUCCCUCUGCUGCUGCUCAGUCGAGUCCUGCAGCCGCCAGCGUCAAGGUGAAGAGUUUCGAGGAGAUCAUGCGUGAGAAACGUCUUCGGAAGCAGGAAAUGGAGGAGCAGACGUCUUCUUCCUCCAAAGUCCAGGACACCCAGCCUCCUCCUCCUCCUCAGAACCGGGCAGUUGGACGUGGUCUGAAGAGGAAGACUCCGGUUAAGGUCACUCUGUCGCCUUCCUCAUCCUCUCAGGCUCCCGAUCCUCCAGCCCCGACCCAGAAGCUCCCAGUUCGUAAACUGGCCCCACUCAAAUCCAAAGCUGCUUCAGCUCUGAACAACGGCAAAGCUCCUGCUCCUGUUCCGGUCCAGGUCCCGGUGAAGUCCAGCUCCUCUGUCCUGAAGCCUCAUACCGAGUCCCAGAGUCCGAUCAGCUCCAAAGUGUCGGCUCCGCCUCAGGCUUCAGCUGCAGAGAAUCAGACCAACGUCCAGAAAAACGCAGAACCCACCACGGACACGAAAGUGCGGCCCAAACUGAACGUGAAGCCAUCAGUGGUGAAGCCGGCGGUGCAGGUGAAACCGGGCCCGAAGCGGAGGGUGGCGGAGCGUUCUGCUGUGGCUGCAGUCAAACCCCUGAACAGCGCCUCCACGGUGCUGGAGGAGUCAGUGCAGGACAGACCGGCGUUCCUGUCGUCCGGCGCAGACACUCAGCUGAUCUCUGCUGUUCCCUGUAGUCCUGCCGCGCUGCUGGACUCCAGCUCCAGUCCGAUGAGGGAGGAGCUACAGACGGUCCCUGUCUUCACACAGAGUCCAACCCAGGAACCCAAACCCACGGCAGGGGUCACGGCUGCUGUCGAGGCCUGCACUGUCCCUCAAAGCCCGGUCCUGAAGACCCCCCCUCUGCCCAAGUCCCGGAGGUCGAGCGUGCCCGCCGCCCGGUCCUCCUCGUCCUCCGCCUCCGCUGCCGCCACCUCCUCAGCCGUGGACGACUUCGAGGAGCUCAUCAGCGAGUUCGCCGACGAUCACCUGGAGGAGGACGUGGACCCGGGGCUCGGAGAGGACGACCUGCUGCAGGAGCUGUCCGACAUGAUCGAUAGCUGAGGACCCCGUCAAAGCCCCGCCCCCUCCCACCUGGCCCUGCCCCGCCCCAGCCCACGACCGUGUCUGUGACGUGAAGUGACUCCGCCCCCUCCUCCAGUGUCUGUUUUAAUCUUAGUUUUUAAGUCGUUCUGUUCAUCUUCUCUCAUGUAGUUUUAUGAUUUUGCUGGUGUUGCGUUUUCCUCUGGCUGUGAUCUGCUUCUGUCACGUCUGUCUCUGGCGCUCAGAGGCGGAGUCUGUCGUUCGCAGUCGAGGGAGGAGUCAUAUCUGUAUACUGUGUAUGCAAAGGGAAGAGACUAUCAGCGCUGAGCACCGCCUACAUCUUAAUCACUGUUGAUUGGGCAGAACCUGAGGGAAGCCGAUCCCGGACAUUUCAUUACCCAUGAUCCUUUGCUGUUCUGCCGAGCACCGUCUGCCUGUGACGUCUCCUUUUCUAACCUACGAGUGUUUGUUUUUUAACCUUUUAUUGGUUUUAUUCGGUCCAGACUGUGUGAUGACGUGUUCUCCGCUCAGGGACUGUUUCUAUGUUCUUUAUAUACGAUGCACUGUAUCAUUUCAGUUGGAAAAGCAUCACUUUAUCAACGACCGGUUGAUUAGUCUUAACGUCUUUACAGCUGUUUUGUCUGUUUUUCCACAAACAUCCUGCUCAACGUAAAAUGUACAAAUGACUGUGUAAAUAAAAAAGGAUUUUAAUUAAACAAA